ACUUAAUGCAAUCAGAUCCAUACAAUUGGCCGUUUCCAAACCGAAAUGAUCUAAUGAAUUUAUCUACCAUAAGUAUGAGUAAUCGAAUAAAUGAGAAAAUCAAAGGAGAGAGAUUAUUCAUGAUAAUAGAGCAUAAUCAACUAUGUCAAUAGAAGGCAUCGAUGGGGCUGCUCCUAAAUUAAAGCCUUAUCAAUAUGUGAAUAAAGAACAAUUUUGCAAUCGAGACGAUGAUAUUCCUGGAACCAAAUCUCGACCAUUAAUUAGAUAUACAAACAGAUCAGAUAAUCAAUUAAUGGUUGAUGAUAUCAAAGGGACACGUCCAUAAAUCUGUAAAUUUUAGACUAAUCGAUCACCAAUCAAUCCCCUUGAACCAACUUAUAAAAUCCCAUCUUUUGAAUAGGCAGAACCUUAUCAACCCAAAUUUCUCAGGGAUAGCUACAAUAUCACUGAUAUUGAGGGAGCUUAACCUUCGAUAAUUAAUCCAAGAUUGAAAAAACAGCCUAUCCCUUUGCGUGAUAUUGAAGGGUCCCAUUCAAAACAAUUACAUGUUCAAAAAGGUAUUAGUUACUCCUUAACUACAUUUCUAGAUGGAAUCAAUUAGUUCGAGGUCAAGGAUAUCAACACUGACAUGCUACAUAAAUAUAUUAGAAAUACAAAUCCAAUUGAACCAGUGUAUUCUCACAGAGAUGAAGAUGGGUAUUAAGAGUUCUUAAUUUAGAAAGAAAAUCGAAAUCGGUUUCGUUGAAGGUAGUAAAACUAAGUAACUGCAUCCAAUCACGAUAAAUAAAUGUGCAUCUUCCACCUUAACUACCUAAGACAUCGUUGGUGCAUAGGCAGGAUCUCAUUCUUAACAUUUCCUGAGAUCCAGUGAUAGAAAAGAUUACAGACAAAUUAAUAAUAUAUAAGAUAUAGAAGGUGUGUAAGCAGGUUCACUCAAAAAAGGAAUUGUAAGUAAAAGAUAUACAAAUCCUCUGAUGCCAGCUUAUUAAAUGCCUGGAAAUGUUGAAUUAAGGUAAGAUUAUCUAUAAUUUCAGUUCCACUUAACCAAAAAGUGUGUUCUAAAAGAAUGCCAGUAAUUAAAUGUUUACCAAUGCUUAAAAAAUGGAUAAAUUUUUAGCACAAGGAUGA